UCAGCUGAGCACGGGAAGGAUGUUGAGCGGAAGUGGGAGGUCAAAGACCGGAAGUUGAGGCAACCGGGCAACCAGCGAGCGUGCCCAAGAUGGCGGAGGACUCCUCGAGGAAGCGCCUGAGUGGAGACAGGAAUGCGGGGCCGGAUCCGCAGCGGGCGGGGAGGAGGCGGCUCCUGGUCAUCCUGGAAGGGGCCUCCCUGGAGACAGUGAAGGUUGGGAAAACAUAUGAGCUGUUGAACUGCGACAAGCAUAAAUCAUUGCUCCUGCGAAGCGGCCGGGACCCUGGAGUGGUUCGACCGGAUAUCACACACCAGAGCCUCCUGAUGCUCAUGGAUAGUCCUUUGAACCGAGCUGGUCUUCUCCAGGUUUAUAUCCACACAGAAAAGAAUGUUCUGAUUGAAGUUAACCCACAGACAAGAAUCCCUCGCACGUUUGAUCGCUUCUGUGGCCUGAUGGUUCAGUUGUUACAUAAAUUCAGUGUCAGAGCUGCUGAUGGACCACAGAAAUUAUUAAAGGUAAUUAAAAAUCCAGUGACAGAUCAUCUUCCUGUGGGAUGUAUGAAGAUUGGCACAUCCUUUUCAGUUCCUUCUGUGACAGAUGUGCGUGACCUAGUGCCGACUGCAGAUCCCAUAGCUAUUGUUGUGGGAGCGUUUGCCCAUGGCUCGGUUAACGUUGACUACACAGAGAAAAUGAUUUCAAUCAGCAAUUAUCCACUCUCUGCUGCCUUGACGUGUGCCAAGAUCACAUCAGCUUUUGAAGAAGCGUGGGGCGUAGUGUGAGCUUUCCCAUGUUAAUCUCAUUUCAUUGGACUCAGUCUGUUUCUUCACCUUCCAAAGUGAUGUUUUAGGGUUCUACAUGGCACAUUCCUUGUUUUGGGGAAUAUACGAACCUUGGCAUUCCUUUGUUCUCUUCUAUAGCAAAUAAACUAUUUUUGAACAUA